ACGGCCGUUGAUUGGCUGUUUGUACUUGACUCUGAAUGGCGGUAAAACACGCUGGCUCUAUCUUCCUGUUUAUGCAGCUGCUGUAAGGUGAGAGUGCGGGGGUCUUUUCCUUACAUGUCCCCCAAUACUGGGCUAAUGGGAGCUGGCAUUUGAUCGCAGUACAUGGGGGCGCUGUGCUGGCAGCUGUGUCCUCCGCUAAGUCAGCUAGACUGGCCCUAAGGCCUAUAAGGGUGUGAAGAUCCCGCUAAUGUCCACUGGGGGAGGAUAGGCGGGCCCUGCACGGGGUACAAUGGUGGGCACUGCCAUCUGUCAGGAGGAUCCUCUUCUCUCCAUUCUUAUCUAUGAGUUCUCUCCGUCCCGAGAUACAAUGGGGGAGUCCCAACCUUCUCAGCAGUCUCAAGGCACCUCCAGCUCUUCCUCUAGCGCUCCUCAGUCAUACAGCCAGUCAUCCUCGUCUGGAUCUGGGACUUUGAGCUCUUUAGAAACAAUACCAGUGCAAGAUGUUGCUUCUGCUCCAGAAGAAUUUGAGGAUAAAAUUGCAUGGGGUCGACUUUGGGCACUUGGAAAAGGAUUCCCGAAUCAUGACUGUGUGAACGAUGAAUAUAUAUUUGGAAGAGAUAAACAUUGUGACUAUACCUUUGAUAGGCCAAUAAUAAACCAGACUGAGAGAUAUAAGACCUACAGUAAAAGGCACUUCCGGAUUUUUAAGGAAGCUGGACCUUGUCCGUAUCUUGUCUCCUUUAUAGAGGAUUUAAGCGGCAAUGGAACAUUUUUAAAUAAAGAGCUAAUUGGACGUGGGAAGAGAUUACCGCUAACGAAUAAUGCUGAAAUUGCUAUUUCAUUACCUACAAAUAAAGUUUUUGUAUUUACAGACUUGGCUGCAGAUGAUCAAUCUGUUUAUCCAGUCGAGCUUAGAAACAAGUAUAUUAUGUCAAAAACUAUUGGAAGUGGAGCGUGUGGGGAAGUUAAACUGGCUUUUGAAAAAUCAACAUGCAAGAAGGUGGCUGUGAAAAUCAUGAGUAAGAGAAGGUUCUCUUUAAGUUCCUCAGGCCUCGAUCCAUCUAGCUCUGUAGAGAUGGAGAUUGAAAUUCUAAAAAAAAUAAACCAUCCAUGCCUGAUUAAGAUUGAAGACGUUCUUGACUCUGAAGGUUACUUUUACAUUGUGCUGGAACUGAUGGAAGGAGGUGAAUUAUUUGAGAGGGUAGUGACAUCAAAGCCAAAAGAGACAACUGUAAAACUGUAUUUUUAUCAGAUGCUUCUUGCAGUUCAGUAUCUACAUGAUAAUGGAAUCAUACAUCGUGAUCUGAAGCUUGAAAAUGUGCUGCUAUCAUCAGCUACUGAAGAAGAAUGUUGUAUAAAGAUCACAGACUUUGGGCAUUCCAAAAUUGUUGGUGAGACCUCAUUAAUGAGGACUUUGUGUGGGACACCUACUUACCUGGCUCCUGAGGUGCUGAGCACUGCUGGUACUGGUGGAUACAGUAGAGCUGUGGAUUACUGGAGUUUAGGAGUCAUUCUAUUUGUUAGCCUUAGUGGGUACCCACCAUUCUCAGAAGGUACUUGUAAUAGGUCUCUGAAAGAUCAGAUCACCAAGGGACUUUACAACUUUAUUCCUGAGGCUUGGACACAUGUAUCAGAGCCAGCACAAGAUCUUGUUAAGAAGUUGCUGGUUGUUGAUCCAGAGAAGAGACUUACAAUACAGCAAGCACUGGAGCAUCCCUGGCUACAGGAUGAUCACAUGAAAAGAAUUGCUGACAAGAUAAUGUAUGAUGUUGGGCAUCCAAUGCUACCUCCCUCACAGCAUUUUGUAAAUGUGGACAUGAAGAGUCGUAAACGUGGUCAUGAAGGGGACACAGAUGCCACUACGUCUACCUGUUUAGGGACUUCAACAACCCAGUAUGAAAAGAGAGCGAAAAUAUGACGCAGUUUUGUAAAUUCUAACAUCUUUAUUUAAUAUUUGUAUUCUUUGUACAGUAAUCAAACUCCCCUUUUUAAAUUUUUGCAUUAUUUGUAUUAUGUUACUGCUGACACAACAGAAGAACUCGUAGCCUUAUGUAGCAUUGCUAUGGUUGUUUCAUAUGGAAAUAACAAAAAGAAUUGGAUUUCUAAAAGAGACUGCAACAUGUAAUAUGAAGAAAUUGUGCAUUGUGUACCUCUCUCUGUCUGCAUUGUAUUAGAGAAGUCACAUCAUUGUAAGCAAAAUUGGUAAUGCGGUUGUGUGGCCAUAUUGUAUAUAAAAUUUUGCCACUUUCUGAUAUGCUUUGUGUUUUACUUUAUUGCACUUAAGAUGUGUGCUGUCAGUGAAUGGUAACAUAUUUUUUUUUUUUUUUUUC